AUGCAGCAGCCAGAGAGCACCAGUGCCAUCUGGUGGUACAUUGGAGCACAGCAGCUAGUUCCUGCUGUUUUGACCAGGACCUUAUCUGGCCCAGAAAUGCAGCCCUGCCAGCAGACAGCGGGAUACCUCAUCCUGACCCUUCUGCUCCUCUGGCAGCCCAGGAGGGCCUUCCAGGCACAAGCCAUGCAAGAGCAGCCCCUUGAUCCCGCGCUCGGCCCCGGCCCACGACAGCUUCUUCCUUCCAGGGAAGAGAAGUCCACGACUGACCUGGUGGCCAAAAUGUUACUCCUGAACGAACUGGUGUCCUUGGAAAAUGACGUCUUUGAGACCAAGAAGAAGAGAAGCUUCACAGGGUUUGGUUCACCCCUCGACAGGCUUUCCAAGGGCCUGAAGACCAAGCAGAGGAAAGUCGUGCCGCUGCCAAAGAAACGGUUUGGGCUUCCUCUGGACCGGAUCGGCGUGAAUCGCCUGAGCAGCUCCAGAGCUUAG